AUAAGAAGCGAGUCAACCUACAUUCCGGUGCAGGUCGAUAUCAGACGAUUUAUGUAGGUUGAUCAGACGGUUUUGCGGGUCGGGUCAAUUUUUACAGCCUAAAAGGAAAUAUGAAUUAUGGAAUUCAGCCUAUCAAAGCCACCUUCUCGCACCAAACACCCUAAAUUUCUCCAAUUAUCUCCUCAAAACAUUGAAUUUCUGACAUGGCAGACCACUCAUCCGCACCUUCAAACAAAAAAGAUGACCAUCCAAAGAAGGAACCGAAAUCUCCCAAUCUGAUAGAACGAGCCAAGGAAGGGAUCGGGUCACUCUUUCGUCACAAGUCACCGCGCCACCACAAGGAAACUCAUGGGACAAGCGACGAUAUCGAUGAAAGUACUCCAGCUAAUGAAGUCAUAGGGCCGAAUGUAUUUGAACGUGUAAAGGAAGAAGUCGAAGCAGUCGUUGAAGCAUUCCAUGAAAAAAAGGAUUCAAAAGGUGAUAAAUAAGAGUAUGCUUAUAAAUUGCUGUCACAAAAUGUUUAGUACAAUUCAAUCCUCAUUUGGUAACAGAAUCAGAUUCAUUGGAUAAACUUAAUCUUAUAUAUGGAUUUAAUUUGUUCGAGCAAUUGAACUGCUGCAGUUGCUUGACAGCUUAUUUAUGUAAAUGUGUUCUUGAAAUGUACUCUAUUUGCAUCUUUCAAAUGUACAUUACUAAAUCAUCAUCGUUUAUUUACGUGAAA